AGAAUGGUUGGAGUGUCAAUCUGCCUGCAGAGAGGCGGCUGCAGCUUUAAGGGCAGCUGGGGCAAUUAGCCUGAAAGGGAUGAUGGUGGGGGUUUAACGAUCCUCACGGCUCAGGCACUGCUGGGUCUCCAAAGGCAUGGGGAUACUGUAGGAGAGAGAGGAGCAGCUGGAUCCAGACAGGGCACUUUCCCUGGGACAGGACAAGACUUGGGUCUGCCUGGUCUGACCCACUGGAAACAUGGCUACGAGUGCUGUUCCAAGUGAAAACCUGCCCACAUAUAAACUGGUGGUGGUUGGGGAUGGUGGCGUGGGGAAGAGCGCUCUCACCAUUCAGUUCUUCCAGAAGAUUUUUGUGCCAGACUAUGACCCAACCAUUGAGGAUUCCUACCUGAAACACACGGAAAUAGAUGGCCAGUGGGCAAUUCUUGAUGUCCUAGACACUGCGGGACAAGAGGAGUUCAGCGCUAUGCGGGAGCAAUACAUGCGGACGGGGGACGGGUUCCUUAUAGUCUAUUCAGUCACGGACAAAGCCAGCUUUGAACACGUGGACAGGUUCCACCAACUCAUCCUCCGAGUCAAAGACAGAGAGUCUUUUCCAAUGAUAUUGGUGGCCAACAAAGUUGAUCUAAUGCAUUUGCGGAAAAUCACUCGAGAACAAGGAAGAGAAAUGGCAACUAAACAUAACAUCCCGUACAUAGAAACUAGUGCGAAGGACCCACCUCUGAAUGUUGAUAAAGCCUUCCAUGAUCUUGUUAGGGUAAUCAGGCAACAGAUCCCAGAGAAAAGCCAGAAGAAGAAGAAGAAGACCAAAUGGCGAGGAGACAGAGCGACUGGCUCCCACAAACUGCAGUGUGUGAUUUUGUGACCCGGGGGCUCUUGGCACCCGCGCCUGACCUAAUGUGAACUAAAAAAGCACUAGCGAGACCCACUGUACCACCUAACUGCACCGUAACGCUUCUCACAAUGGACCUUACACCGAGGAACUUGCCGGGGGGGUUGGAUUCGCUGACAUACUUGAGCGGCAGCCAAACUGCUAGAGCUUGGCCUGGUUUGCGUGCGGUGCAGAGUGGAUUGCAAGCGUGGCGAGGAGGAGGGAAUAUCCAGGACCAGGACUCUCAAAGGUCAACAAUCCCCAGCUCCUUGGUGUUUAUUUUAAAAAGUGGGGGGGUUUAAAGUGUUGGUUGUAUCUGCAAACAUUUCUCCAUGUGACCCAUUUCUAGCAGCCGUGAAUGACCCUUUGUUUGGUACAGUCAGUCGAGUGUGUAUGUGUGGGGGCAGGGGAAGGGUUGUUUUUUUUUUUUUUUUUUGCUCAGUGAGCACUGGGUUGGAAAGAAACCCAGCUGGGGUUAGUUCCUUUUGCACUGAACUCUCUCUUAGACGGAGAUGCCAAAACGCAGCUUUAUAGGAGAGUGCAUCGAUUUGAAGGAAGAAAAUGAAUUCCAGCUGCUCUCCGCACUCCAGACCUUGUGUCAGACCCUGGAGGGCAGCCAGCUCACAGUCCAUAAACUCCAGUGUCGAAAAGAAGGGGCGGGGGGUUACCCUCUGUGAGGAGGUUCUGUUUCUGUUUUGUAUUUUGGGGGCAUGUCUGAUUCAAAAGGUAUUUUGUUAACCUCAAAAUAUUUAAAUUAAAGUAAUUUACAGAUGGAA